AUGGCAGAAAGUAUGGGUACAUUUCAUCUUUUGGCACUUUGUGUGUGGUUUUGUGCUUUUUGUCAUGCUGUUCCACAGUGGAGUAAUCUGCCCCAGGUUCCUCAAGCGUCAGUCUUCCAGCAAAGUGAACAACAAGGAGGGAUUCCAGCCCGGAGUCGUCAAGCUCUUGCGUUUCAGCCAAGUGAUCAACAGCCUUUGGCUCAACAGGCUCUGCAACAGCAGACUCGACGACAAGGGGGAAAUCCAGUCCAGAAUCCUCAGGCUUCAGUCCGCCGAACUCCACAACAUGGGGGAAUUCCAGCUCUGAAUCCUCAAGCCCUAGUAUUCCAAUCAAGUGAUCGGCAGUCUUUGGCUCAACAGGGUCUGCAACAGCAGACUCGACGACAAGGGGGAAAUCCAGUCCAGAAUCCUCAGGCUUCAGUCCGCCGAACUCCACAACAUGGGGGAAUUCCAGCUCUGAAUCCUCAAGCCCUAGUAUUCCAAUCAAGUGAUCGGCAGUUUUUGGCUCAACAGGCCCUGCAACCGCAAACUCAGUUUUCUCAAGCAUUUCCACCCAAGCAGCCAGUGGCGCAGGCAGAGCCUCUUGACAAGUGUGCUGUAACUGAUUAUGAGCAGAUCCAAUGUGGACAACCUGGUAUCAGUGCUGCUGAAUGUGAUGCUAUAAACUGCUGCUUCAAUGGACAGCAGUGUUACUAUGGCAAAGCCGUGACCGUCCAGUGUAUUCGAGAUGGCCAGUUUGUGGUUGUGGUGGCUAGAGAUGUUACGCUGCCUUCACUUAGUCUGGAUACAGUCCGUCUGUUGGGUGGAAGUGACCCACCUUGUGCUCCAGUUGGGUCCACACCUUCCUUUGCCAUUUACCAGUUCCCUGUCACUGCUUGUGGCACAAGCAUGAUGGAGGACAAUGGAUAUGUGGUGUAUGAGAACAGAAUGACUUCAUCCUAUGAAGUGGGGAUUGGACCACUUGGUUCCAUCACAAGGGACAGUCACUUUGAGCUUCUCUUCCAGUGUAGGUAUUCUGGCACUGCUGUUCAAGCUCUGGUUGUGGAGGUCAACACUGUUCCUCCACCUCCACCUGUAGCUGCUCCUGGACCCCUCCGAGUGGAGCUUCGCCUGGCAAAUGGACAAUGUGUCACCAAAGGAUGUGCAGAAGAGGAUGCUGCGUACACAUCCUACUACAGUGAUGCUGAUUACCCUGUCACAAGAGUUCUACGACAACCUGUGUAUGUUGAGGUACACCUUUUGGAGAGGACUGACCCCAAUAUUGUCCUGAUGCUGGGACAUUGCUGGGCGACAUCAACCCCUGAUCCCCUCAGCCUACCUCAGUGGGACCUUCUAGUUAAUGGAUGCCCUUACCAGGAUGAUCGUUACCUCACCACACUGGUUCCUGUGGAUGGCUCCUCUGGUCUUCAGUUCCCAACCCACUACAAGCGCUUCAUUGUGAAGAUGUUCACGUUUGUGGAUCCAGCAUCGUUAGCUCCUCUGCAGGGAAUGGUCUUCAUCCACUGUAGUACAUCAGUGUGCCAUCCCUCUUCCUCUGGCUCCUGUGAGCAGAGCUGCUUCAGGCAAAGUAGGUGUAUUACUUUACUGUGGUGGGGAGGGGGGUUUGUACACCGCUUUAACCUCUGCCUUCUCUUGUAUUCCAGAACGGGAUGUUGGUGA